AUGAGGAAGCGGGUCACGAUUACAGAAGUUUGUGGAGCCAAGCGUGUGGGUUAUUUUGGUCCUGCUCAAUUUUAUAUUGCUUUGAAGUUAAUUGCAGCGGCGCAGUCAGGGUUCCCAGUACGGAUUGAGAGCAUUAAGAAUGAAUUGCCUCUGCCACGGUUUAUGGCGCUGAAAAAUGAUGGCGAAGUACGUUAUGGGACUCCAGCAGAACUCCAUGGAGUUAAAUUUCAGGUUCCACAUGCAACUUCGGAAAAAAAUUCCUACAAAAGAACAGAUGAAGGGGACAAACAGGAACCCAAGUCUCCACCAAUGUCUCCAAUCUGCUCACCUCCUGCUUCUCCAUCUACUUACCAGAGAAUACCCUUAAGUUAUGGAUAUGGUAAAUCAAGAAGUGGGCUGGAGCAGCAGCAUGGAGCUCCUUAUGAAGUCAGACACCUUACUCACCAGCAAGAUGGAUCAUCAUCAGGGAAUUAUGGAGCCAAACCUGCACUGGCCUGUUCAACUCUUAAUCGGUCUCUUUCAGCGGAGCGGGAGCAGCAGGACAGCAACACCCACUACUCGGAUGACCCUUGGAGGAUAACGGAGGAGCAGCGAGACUACUACAUCAACCAGUUCAGGUCCCUGCAGCCUGACCUGAAUUCCUUUAUUUCAGGUAAUUUUUUACCAAACACUGCGCAUGUCAAGGAGCUGAGCGAUGUGGAUUGUGAUGGGGCGCUGACACUCCCGGAGUUUUGUGCUGCUUUCCACCUGGUGGUUGCGAGGAAGAACGGUUACCAGCUGCCAGAGACACUGCCCGAGACACUGCUGCCCGAGUACCUUCAAGCAGCUUCUCUAAAGCCCAUGCGUGACUGCACACUAUUUGAUUCUUAUUCUGAGCCAUUGCCAGGCGGUCAGCAGACUCGGGACUUCAGUCGGACGGAGAAGGCAUCAGCUGAAGAGGUACCUGAUAACUCUGCCCUGUUACAAGAUGCAAAGAAAGAUGACAAAAAAGCUCUUAAAGUAAGCACUGCUCUCAAAAUGAUACCAAAGGAAUUUCAGCACUUGACUGUGAAAACAGCUGCUCAGGAAUCUAAUGCACUUAAAGCCAGACCACGAUCCAGGUCUUAUUCUAGCACAUCAAUAGAAGAUGCUAUGAAAAAGGGAGAAGAGCCCCCUACUCCACCUCCGAGGCCACAGAAAUCACAUUCCAGAGCUUCCUCUUUGGAUCUGAACAAAAUAUUUCAACAAAACGCACAAGCUGUGAGGUCUGGCUGGCUGCCCCCACCACCGCCUGCACUGCCCCCUCGACCUUCUGUAUCUCAGACCGAGCAAGUAUCUGAGGUUGAAUUACAUCCUCAGAUGAACAGACCCCCAUCGCAGGCAGAAGAAAACAGUUCAGCAAAAAAGGAGGUUGUUCUUGCUCAGCCGCCCUCCAAACCCACCCGCAGGAAGCUCCGGACAGAGGCACAGGGGCUGGAGACCCCCGAGCUUUCUCCCACUAUAAGUGUGACUUCUUCACUGCCAGCAGCCAAGCCUCAUCUCCCAGUCCAAAAACAGUCUUCCAAGCAGAAAAGGGCUAUUCAGACCGCUAUACGAAAAAACAAAGAAGCCAAUGCUGUGCUCGCCAGGUUGAACAGUGAGCUCCAGCAGCAGCUGAAGGAGGUUCACAAGGAACGAAUUGCCUUGGAAACGCAGCUGGAGCAGCUACGUCCCGUCACCGUCUUGUGACCUCCCGCCACAAGAGCGGAGCAGGCGUCCCGCCAGCCUCGCAAGGAGGGGAGUGCGGUGCGGCUGGGCAGAGUUUCCGCCGAGGUGGUGGCAGUGGGGAGGACCGGCUUGUCGGGUCUCCCGUCGCCCCGCUUGCGCACGUUUGCCUUUGCAGGUGAAGAAGGUACAGAGAAUAAAUAUCUGACUGCUGGAUGUUUCUGAGCGGGGGGAGGCUUCGUCUUCUUUCCUCCCUCUUCCCAGCCUGAUGUGUAAAUGCAGUUUAUCAUUGAAAUGAAUAACCUGAGAGUAUUUUAUUUAUGUAAAGAAUUCCUGAUUUAUACACGUUCUGGCAGCACCUCCUGCCCCAAUCAUUAAGAGGUACAGCAUUCCUGAAUUCUUGCUUAAAUUUAAAACUCAUCCUCUGAGAUGGGCUUCUGGAUGUUACUGAUUCCUGUAGGAUUGUAUCAUGGUAGAGUAGCUGGGGGUUUAAUGUACUACAGGAAUAAAACUCACUAAGCGUGCAGAGUCUUUAUCCACAAUCACGUCAGAUAAUUAUUUUCUUAGCGCUGGUUAUUAUGCAAUCACGGAUGUAUUUUAACGUUAGAGAACUUGUAUUUUAUAAGUUCAAAUCGUAUGAGAGAAGAGUAAAAAAUACUAAAAUUUAAUUAUUUUCGAAA